GCGCGCAGCCCGGCCGGCACCCCCAGGCGGCAGGCAGCGCAGCCCGCUGUAGCCCUAGCCAUGCCGGGCCCUGUAGCCCUGCACGUGUCCCGUGUGCGGGCUCUGUACCGGCGGAUCCUGCUGCUGCACCGGGCGCUGCCCGUGGAGCUGAAGGCGCUGGGCGAUGAGUACGUGAAGGAGGAGUUCCGGAGGCACCGGUCGGUUGGGCCUGCUGAUGCCCAGCGCUUCCUGCGGGAAUGGGAGAUUUAUGCAGAAAUGCUGUGGCAGCAAGCUAACGAAGACAGACAAAACUCAAGAAAAAAGACUUGCUUUGGAACCCCCCUCACAGAGGAGAAACUUAAUGACUUCCAUAAUGAACAGAUUGGACAGCUGCAGGAAUUGAUGCAAGAAGCCACUAAACCUAAUAAGCAAUUUAAUAUUUCUGAUGAUUCUGAAUACAAGAACUAGAUUUUUAAAUGCACUUAAAAGCAUUUUAUAGCGCUUCCUUUUUCAAUUUGAGUAGAACAUUAUUAUGAAGAAUAAUGAAAGCUGAUGAUGUGGUAAAUUUUGUGUGUUUUAACCUGAUGUAUCUGUUUCCUUAUGCAAUGAUGUUAGAAUUACUUUAUGGUCCCAGGUUAUGUAAAUUAUAACAAACAUUUGCACUUUGUGGAACUUAGAAAAUGUGCUUUAUUUUAAGAAUUUGGUAAUUGUCAUGUUUUCAAAAUGGAAGGUUUUAUGCUAGAAUUGGAUUUAAGCACCUGGUAGGUCUUGAUUUCAAGCCAAGUCAUUAUUUGUAUAUCAUCCACUUCUUCCUCUAAUAAUGGAAAGGAUGCAAUCAACUGUAAUUUUCUGAUGGGGAUUCAGCAACUACAGUACAAAGAAGAAAUGUGUGCUUCUGAUUUGGGUUUAUUGCAUUGCAAAGAAGUAAACCAUGCUUACAAG